CUUUCUGUCAUCUAAGUUGAUGGCGAUCACGGUUUAUUUGCCGAGAAUUUAAUUAUUCCGCUUAUUUUACAAUCAUCGUUGUAUUUUUCCCAAUUGUUUCACUUGAAUUAAAUAAAAUACACCAUGGGUGACAAAGUUGAUGAACAAGUUAAGAAGAAGAGGACUUUUAAAAAGUUCACCUACCGAGGUGUUGAUUUAGAUCAACUUUUAGACAUGCCCAAUGAGCAACUUAUGGAGAUGAUGCACUGUCGUGCUCGAAGGCGCUUCACAAGGGGUCUCAAACGUAAACCCAUGGCUUUAGUAAAGAAACUGCGCAAAGCCAAAAAAGAAGCCCCGCCACUAGAGAAACCCGAAAUCGUGAAAACGCAUUUGAGGAACAUGAUCAUUGUACCCGAAAUGGUAGGAUCGAUUGUUGGCGUUUACAACGGUAAAGCUUUCAAUCAAGUUGAAAUCAAACCUGAGAUGAUCGGACACUACUUGGGAGAGUUUUCGUUGACAUACAAACCCGUCAAGCACGGUAGGCCUGGAAUUGGUGCUACGCACAGUUCGAGGUUUAUUCCUCUCAAAUAAACAACUUUUUUAUGUUUUGAUUAGGUUAAACAAUAAAUCGCUUUCUGAGAGGUA